AUGGGCCGGAGCCGGCGGCGGGCGCGGGUGCUGAUGUCAGGCCGGCGCUUGUGCGGCGGUGGCGGCGGCGGUGGCGGUGGAGGUGGCGGCGGCGGCCGCCCAGCAGCCCGGGCGCGGCAGCGGCGGCCGUGCCUGUGUCUGCAGCGGCGCGGGGUCCGAGCGCGCGGCGGCGGCGGCGGCCGCGGCGGCGGCGGGAGUGGGGACCCGGGCGGGGACAUGGCGCUGCGGAGGCUGCCGCUGCCUCUGCCGCCGCUGCUGCUGCUGCUGCUGAGCGCCGCGUGCCUCAUCCCGCCCGGCGCGCAGGUGAGGCGGCUGGCGCGCUGCCCCGCCACUUGCAGCUGUACCAAGGAGUCCAUCAUCUGCGUGGGCUCCUCUUGGGUGCCCAGGAUCGUCCCCAGCGACAUCAGCUCCCUGAGCCUAGUAAAUGGGACGUUUUUGGAAAUCAAGGACCGAAUGUUUUCCCAUCUACCUUCCCUGCAGCUGCUACUGCUGAAUUCCAACUCGUUCACGGUGAUCCGCGAUGAUGCCUUUGCUGGGCUCUUUCACCUCGAAUACCUGUUCAUUGAAGGGAACAAAAUAGAGACCAUUUCAAGAAAUGCCUUUCGGGGCCUCCGUGACCUGACUCACCUUUCUUUGGCCAAUAACCAUAUUAAAGCACUACCGAGGGACGUCUUCAGUGAUUUAGACUCUCUGAUUGAACUAGACUUAAGGGGUAAUAAGUUUGAAUGUGACUGUAAAGCCAAGUGGUUGUACCUAUGGCUAAAGAUGACAAACUCUACUGUGUCCGACGUACUGUGUAAUGGUCCCCCAGAAUACCAGGAAAAGAAGCUCAACGAUGUGACCAGCUUUGACUAUGAAUGUACCACCACAGAUUUCGUUGUUCAUCAAACUCUGCCGUACCAGUCGGUGUCGGUGGACACGUUCAACUCCAAGAACGAUGUGUUCGUGGCCAUUGCUCAGCCCAGCAUGGAGAACUGCAUGGUGCUGGAGUGGGAUCACAUCGAGAUGAACUUCCGGAGCUAUGACAAUAUUACAGGCCAGUCCAUCGUGGGCUGUAAGGCCAUCCUCAUUGAUGACCAGGUCUUCGUGGUGGUGGCCCAGCUCUUUGGUGGCUCUCACAUUUACAAAUAUGAUGAGAACUGGACCAAGUUUGUCAAAUUCCAAGACAUCGAAGUCUCUCGCAUCUCCAAGCCCAACGAUAUCGAGCUGUUCCAGAUCGACGAUGAGACGUUCUUCAUCAUUGCGGAUAGCUCCAAGGCCGGGCUGUCCACCGUGUAUAAAUGGAACAGCAAAGGGUUCUACUCGUAUCAGUCUCUGCACGAGUGGUUCAGGGACACGGAUGCAGAGUUUGUGGACAUCGAUGGGAAAUCACACCUCAUCCUCUCUAGCCGCUCCCAGGUCCCCAUCAUCCUCCAGUGGAACAAAAGCUCCAAGAAAUUUGUCCCCCACGGUGACAUCCCCAACAUGGAGGACGUGCUGGCUGUGAAGAGCUUCCGGAUGCAGAACACUCUGUACCUGUCCCUCACCCGCUUCAUCGGGGACUCCCGUGUCAUGCGCUGGAACAGUAAGCAGUUUGUGGAGGUCCAGGCACUGCCGUCUCGGGGGGCCAUGACCCUGCAGCCCUUCUCCUUCAAAGAUAAUCACUACCUAGCCCUGGGGAGUGACUACACGUUCUCGCAGAUAUAUCAGUGGGACAAAGAGAAGCAGCUGUUCAAAAAGUUCAAGGAAAUCUAUGUGCAGGCACCGAGGUCAUUUACAGCCGUCUCCACUGACAGGAGGGAUUUCUUUUUCGCGUCCAGUUUCAAAGGGAAAACAAAGAUUUUUGAACACAUCAUUGUUGACUUAAGUUUGUGAAGGUGUGGUUGGGGAAUUAAGAGACAUGGUAGCAUAGCUCUCAUAAGAGAAGGGGCUAAGAAGAAAUCAAAUGAAAUCCUCAAAUAAGCCAGGCUCGGAGCUCUGAAACUAAAAAACUUAAAAUGCACUGGGGGAGCUAGUUAGAAGUUUUCAAACUUUUAGGAUUCACAUUUAAAAUAAUCAGGGAUUGCAUUUUUUUUUUUUUUUUGGCUGACUGCAUGACACGCCCAUUCUGCCAUUAAAAAAAAAAAGACAUCUUAAAGCCUGUAAUUUCUGAGAAAAGAGUAUAGCAUUUACUCUUACCAUCUAGGAAAAAAAACUCGUUUUUUCUUUAUUUUUGUUUAUUUAUUUGAGAGUGGUAGAGAGAGAAAGAAGCAGAGAGAGAGAGAGAGAAUGGGCACACCAGGGCCUCCAGCCACUGUAAACGAACUC